CCUGAGGUCACCGCUCGCCGCUCCUCUCGUCACACCAACCUUCACCGACUCACUCACUUAUCGAAUCUGACUGCAUUUUUGUGGUGGUGUAACCAAACAUGGCAGCCGCGCCCAAGCCACUUGUCCUUGUCUUCUCUCUAUCCGGAGAAAACAUGGACGGAUUUUAUGCCCCCUUCAUGGCCCAUCUCAAGGCUCAAUGCGAGGUUGAAGUCGUCAAAUCACAAAACCAUGCGCUGCGGACGCUGUCGAGGUCACCACGUCCUCAAGCAGUUCUCCUUGCUGAUGAAGUUGUGACCGAGCGGAGACAGGAAGGACUCCUACGCAAACUGGCAGAGUAUACCAGGUCUGGAGGUACGAUUGUCUUUGGCUGCAGAUUCUCAACGUUCGUCGAGAAGAAGAAAAUGGAGGCAAUGUUCCAAGGGGUGUUGGGACUGCCGUGGACCCGGGGCGAUUAUUACCGCUGCGUCUUCUCUCUUAAUAGAAGAGUGGAGAACAUUGGCCUCGAGAGUCUCGCUUCGUCAUAUAGUAUGAAAGCCUCGCAACUGCGCAACGUAACGCCCACGGCAGCAGUGUAUGUCCCCACCGAAACUUCCCGGAUCCAGUCUUUCGUCUUUGCACCUACCCCUGUCGGGAACCUAGAGCAGACCCCUGCAGCAUUCACAAGACUUGGCCAAGGCUACGUCGGCUACGUCGGAGACGUCAAUGCUGAAGAGGAGACAACUCACCUGCUCAUCGCUAUGUUGCUCGCAUCCUCGCAAGAACGAGAGACCAAUGAUCCAGCGACGUCGACAAACCCACGGAACAUGCAACGACCUUCUGUGCUCGUUCUCAUGCUCCAGGAACAAAUGGACUUUGCCUGGCGUGAAAUGUACGCUGACGUACUCGCUGCCCUUCGCAAUAGGGCCAAUGUCACGGAGGCCUCGACAAUUCAUCAGGCUCUGCGACGUCUUACAACGAAGCCACUCCCAAAUGUUGUGCUCGAGAUGGACGGUAGUAUUUUGGAGGAAAGGCAUAGCGCACUUCUCUCAGCACUGAUCGCAUAUAGCCAACUUCCUGGGAACACUGUCGUCUUCGCAUGCCAAUUCGCUGGAUUCGUAACCCCGGAUGACUUCGAUGCACUCUUCGAGCGUCUGGAUCUCUCGUGGCGCUGGGGCACCUACACGAAAAAGGAUGUCACUGUGACGAAGUCCGUGGACGACGUUGACUUCGACUCGCUGACGGAGACAUACGAGUACAACAAGGCUUUAUACCUUCGGGAUGUCCCCUGGGACGAAGCUGUCUAUGUUCCGACGCUCCGAUACCGCAGCGAUGAGACAUCGGCAGCGCUGGCUAAGACGACACGCGGAGGACGUAUUGGAUACGUCGGAGACAUCAACACAUCGGAACAUCUAACCAAGCUGCUCCUGGCCCUCUGCUUUCCAAAAACUGUCCAACCAAGCUCGGAGAGCGCGCAAGCCGCUUUACAAACAGUCCCUGCGACACAGCCUGCGCGUAGCGAGGGAGCUGACAAUCGCGAACCAAAACCCGAGGUUUUGCUUAUCUCGUUCGACAAGCUAUCGUUCUUCGACAGCAGCGAGCAACAGUUGCUUUCCGCCCUGCACAAGAACGCAGUGGUCCAGGAAGCCCUCGACGAGAAGGCUGCCCUGAAACACUUGUUGACGAAACCCAGUCCUGCCGCGGUUCUUCUCACCCACACCGCUGUCGCUCACAACGACAAGGUAAUUCACCACGUCAUUGCGUAUGCCCGCGCAGGAGGCAAGGUGAUCGUUGGCUUCCAAUUCCCCAACAGCCUCCCACUCAAUGAGUUCAAACCGUUCUUCGAGAAAUGGGAACUCCCCUGGGCCGCUGGCGCAUAUCACCGCACAACCUGUGCUUUGAACACGGACGGCGUACCUGCCCCGUUGCGGUCGAGCAAGCUCUUCCCCGCGUACAGCAUGAAAGCCGGUCACCUGAAACACGUCAAGAAGAAACAUAGGGUAUAUAUGCCGACGACCGCAUCGUGCAUAGAGGAGCAGUUCAGUCAGCCAGGCCCGCUAGUCACCGGCUCGCUCCUGGAUGAGUGUGCUGCAGCCUGGGCUCCCAUCGGCAAAGGCUACCUGGGCUACGUCGGCGACGUCAACACGGAAGAAGAGAGCAUCAGACUGGUCCUCGAGAUGUGUGGUAUCACCAUCAAGCCCGGGGACCUUGGCCCGCGGAAGUGCAGUGUGGGUAUGCGCAUCGAGCCUGGUGGAGGGAGGACACCUAUCACGGAGACGUACGGCGAGCGGCUACUCCCCGUGCGCAAGGAGCUAUCGCGACCGAGGCCUCGAGAGCAAGAAGCUGCUGCCCGGUCGGUGAAGCGCGCCAACAUGUCACGACGGAGACGCCUGACUGCUGAGGUGCUGAAGGAAGAGGGUAAUACAUUAUUCAAGGAGGGCAAGUCAGCAGAGGCCGCGAGCAAGUAUCGUCAGGCUGCGUUAGUGUACGGACCGAGACCAGUCUACAUGAGCAACCUUGCCGCAGCCCUACUCAAGAUGGGACGCCACGCCGAGGCAGAGUCUGCUGCCAGUCGUGCGCUCUUCUACGAGCCGAAGAAUAUCAAAGCACGUUACCGGCGAGGGAUGGCAAGCAAGGGAUUGAAGUCGUAUGCUCUCGCCAUAGAAGACUUCCGUAGUGUUCUGAGACAAGAUCCGUCGUCGCACGUUGUGCGGUCCGCUCUUGAAGAAACGCUCCUGUUAAACCACGGCAGGGUGCCACCUGAAGGAGAUCCAAAGAGGAGCGAGGAGCAUGAUCCUCUAUGGGAGAUUAUGACCGAAUCGGACAGCAGCGAAUAUGAGCAUGACGGUAACGGAACGCCGUGUCGCUAUCUGAACCACGACGGGUGUAGGCAUGGUUCGAAGUGUCGCUGGAAACACGCGCCUGACACACGUAGUGUUCGCGAUGAAAUAGGUCGCAAUGUAUGCAUGAUGUGGCUGUUGGGCCACUGCACUUACAACAAGUGCUACUACGCACACGACAAGACCUAUCUUUCUGCAGGUGGAUGGUGGAACAAACCCAACGUCGUAACCGAACUGUGGAACGAUGCCGACGAUGUCAUCAUCACUGGUCAUAAGAAGACAGAUCGAGCGAUGUUCCUGGCAACGAUCUGGACUCUACAGAUCUGGCGCACCGACGGGUGGACGCUUGGACGCUUUAGCGCCUUGGACGACGAGAAGAUUACCAUCGGAAAGCGGUCAGGCGUGUUAUCCGUCAACACAACGCAGCGCGACGGUCAGUUCCAGUACAGCUACUCUAUGCCGGAAGAGACCACGGCAAGCGUGGCAAGAGGCGGCGACGAGGACGAUGACGGUGAUGACGAAGACAAGGAUUACGACGGAAGUGAGUGGGACGACGAGGAGCAGGAGCAGAGGAUGGACAACAUGGGCUUCACCAACGACGAACUGAACGACAUAUUAUCCUAUGGCGUGAAACCAUGGGACGACGACGCCUGGGACGUACUAGAUGCCGUUCGCGGCAUGUAACUGUCCGCGUCAGCGCGUAUCGGUCCGUGGCCGACGUGUAUGUAUAGUGAGGUGCGGACAGGACAGGCUGAAAUCCGUCCGAGCGAAGCCAAGCCUGGGCUUCAAGCUUCAAUAUCCCCUCCUCUUUGCCUCAGAUGAAUCUAUGAUAGGGGUUUUGCUGCAUACGCAGCUAUCUAGUGCAUACUCAUCCUGUAAUGUACCAUAUAUCGACCUCGACUCCUCAAUGAGUUUCACGCGUCACG